AAUAUAAUUGAUUGGGACUCCCAUGCACUGUACCUCUAUUUCUUCUCACUCCUCAAAUUCAAAGUUCAUCCCUCUUUCUCUCUCUCUCAUUAUACUGCCUGCAACUGCUGAGCUCAACAGCUACAAGCCCUUUUUUUUGGGAAUUUUGCAGGAGGAUUAUGAAUGUGAUCAAGAAAAUUAAGUUAUAGGUUCAGUUUGCAGUUCGGUUAAAAUCAAGUUCAAAAAAAUUUCAGGUUGACAAGCACGUGUGGACCGAAUGGGAGAAUUUGGAGAGGAGAAGGCUUUGUCUAGAACCUCCAACAAGAAUCAAGUGGAAACAACCUCUAUCAAGAAAGGAUGGGAGAAUAAUCCAGAUUAUAAGAACAAAUUUCCUCCAACUUCAAAGUCUAGGGAGUAUCAAAAUGCAGGCAGUUGCAUGUUCUGCAUGACCAAAGAUGGUUGCAGAACUGUGCGAUCAAAGUCAAAACUAAUGAAUGUUCUGGUAGAAAAAGGAAAGCCCCAGGAAGCAGAAUCCAUUUUUGAUAGUUUAAUUGAGGGAGGUCAUAAACCAUCUUUAAUAGCAUACACAACACUAUUGGCUGCCUUGACCAUGCAGAAGCGUUUCAACUCCAUACAUUCGAUCAUCUCACGUGUAGAAGAAAAUGGAAUGAAGCCUGAUUCAAUAUUUUUAAAUGCUGUUAUAAAUGCAUUUUCUGAAUCUGGGAACAUGGAAGAAGCCAUGGAAACCUUUUGGAAGAUGAAGGAGAUCGGAAUGAAGCCUACCACGAGCACUUAUAACACUUUAAUCAAAGGGUAUGGCAUUGCUGGGAAACCUGAAGAAUCUGUGAAACUGCUAGACCUUAUGACUCGAGAGGGAGACGUGAAACCCAAUCUCAGGACCUAUAAUGUUCUUGUCAGAGUGUGGUGUAACAAGAAGAACAUUGCCGAGGCGUGGAAUGUGGUGCAUAAAAUGGUAGCUUCAGGAAUGCAACCUGAUGUGGUUACUUACAACACCUUAGCUACAGCUUAUGCUCAGAAAGGAGAGACAAAUCUGGCUGAAGAGAUGAUCUCAGAAAUGCAAAAUAACGGCUUGCACCCCAACGAGCGAACUUGUGGUAUCAUUAUAAGUGGAUAUUGUAAAGAAGGAAGAAUAAAUGAAGCAUUGAGGUUUGUGUACAGGAUGAAGGAACUCGGAUUGCAUCCUAAUCUUGUUGUUCUUAAUUCACUAAUCAAAGGCUUUGUAGACAUUAUGGAUAGAGAUGGGGUUGAUGAGGUUCUCAAGUUGAUGGAAGAAUUCAAUGUCAAACCAGAUGUUAUAACAUUUAGUACGAUCAUGAAUGCGUGGAGCACAGCAGGAUUUAUGGAGAAAUGCAGAGAAAUCUUUGAUGACAUGGUGAAGGCAGGCAUAGAACCUGAUGCACAUGCAUACAGCAUCCUUGCUAAAGGUUACGUACGUGCCCAAGAACCCGAGAAAGCUGAAGAACUCCUAACAACCAUGAUUAAAUCAGGAUUUCACCUGAACGUUGUGAUUUUCACAACUGUGAUAAGUGGAUGGUGCAGUGCUGGAAGAACGGAGGACGCAAUUAGAGUUUUCGACAAAAUGUGUGAAUAUGGAAUUUCUCCUAACUUGAAGACUUUUGAGACAUUAAUAUGGGGAUUUAGUGAAGCCAAACAACCAUGGAAAGCAGAAGAAAUUCUCCAGAUUAUGCCUGCAUUUAAAGUUGAGCCAGAGAGAUCCACCAUACUUCUAGUCGCAGAAGCGUGGCGAGCCAUUGGACUGACGAAGGAGGCUACCAGAAUGCUUAGUACCAUCAAAAGAAAUCAAAGUAUCCAUCAUAAAGAUACAGUUGAAGAAGACAUACCAGUUGAAAGCCUGGAGAAACUCUACCAAAAGCAAAACACAAGUGUCUCGUAUUCGAAUCUCUUACGGGUACCGAGUACAGUUACAAGUGAUCAGAAAGGGUCCAGUGCAGCCCUUAAGAAGGGGAGAAUGGUGCUGAGAGAUGCUGAAUUCUCAAUGGAAUACUCUUGGCUUGCUAAUAAAUCCAUGUGUCUCUCUCAUACGUGUAAAUUUGGAGCGAGGUUACCAAUCAUUUGCCAGAAGCAGUAUCAAAGGCAGAACGGUAUGUGUGCUCAGCUUGCACAAUCAUGUACAGCAGUGUUCUUGAACUGAAAGGAAAAGGAAUUGUCUUUUAUCUUUUUUUUGGUGUAAUUAUUAUAUUCACAUUUCCUAAAAAGAAAAUUGUCAUCAAAUUUGGUGUAGAUAGUAAAGGGAGUUGAUAUUUUCUAAGAAUUGUUGCCUUUACAGGCUUACUGAUAAUUCAAAGUCUUCUUACUUUGUA